UGGGGAUAAACAAUUGUACAACUGUUCAGGUUAGUCCUUCCUAUUAUGAUGUCUGUCUGUUUGUUUAGAUCUCUAUUUUCAUUUCAGGAAAGGAAACGAUUUACUUGUUUGUGGCACAGAGGUCUUGAUCUUGGCCUGGCAGACUGAGCAAGUAGUAGCGCCUCGUGCUAUAACCUACAGAAUCGUGCAUCCAUCAUGAAAAGAUGCCAUCAGCCAUAACAGAACCACGACUUUCUCAAACAAAACCUCUGAUUAUUUGGUAUUAGCAAACCUCUGCAGCUAAUUAAACUAACUGCACUCGUACAACGUCAGGGUAUGGAGCAGUCCAUUUCCCAGGCAUCUCAAAUUUCACAUCAACAGUGACACUCACAAACUCGAGAAAUAAUCAGCCCUCGCAUCCGCACCCACGCCCACAAAACCUCGAAGCAAAGAAGAGGAGGAACGCCGCAAGUUCACGUGACGAUGGAGAAUGCCGCUCCCGCCAUCGCCGAGCCGUCGCUGUCCAAGAAGCCCUCGCCGUCGUUCCGCCUCCGGAACGGCAGCCUGGACGCUUUGCGCCUGCGCCGCGUGUUCGACCUCUUCGACCGCAACGGCGACGGCGAGAUCACCCUCGACGAAAUGGCCUCGGCGCUCGACGCGCUGGGCCUCGGCGCCGACCGCUCCGCCCUGGAGGCCGCGGUGGGCGGGUACGUCCCGGCCGGCGCCGCGGGGCUCCGCUUCGAGGACUUCGAGUCCCUCGACCGCGCGCUCGGGGACGCGCUGUUCGGCGCCGUCCUGGAGGAGGUGCCCGAGGAGGAGGAGGACGAGGGGGACUUGAAGGAGGCAUUCCGGGUGUUCGACGAGGACGGUGACGGCUUCAUCUCGGCCGCCGAGCUGCAGGCCGUGCUCAAGAAGCUCGGCCUGCCGGAGGCUCGGAGCCUGGCCUCUGUGCAGGAGAUGAUCUGCAACGUCGACCGCAACUGCGACGGCCGCGUCGACUUCGGCGAAUUCAAGAACAUGAUGCAGGGGAUCACCAUGCGGGGCGCUUAGCUGCAGCACGCCUGCGUUGUCACCUCCUCUACUGCGUGGUUUCAUGUAUGUAUCAAGCUCAAGCACCCAAGAAUGCGCUUCUUCCUGCUCUUGAUCGCGCAGUGGAUUCUUGCUGUUCUUGGCUUUGCUCUCUGACUCCGUUUGUAGUCUUAUAAUUUGGAGGUCCACCGGCAUUGUUUCCUUUUGUUUCUUUCAUUUGAUUUACGGCACAGUUCACAACAGCUUCGUGAGCCUAUUUUUUUUGUCAAAUAUUUAUUUCUAAAACAGUUUUAUAGGUGAAGCUAUUUUUUCUCUCAUCUCACGAAGAUAUGAGUUGGAUGAAAAUGAAAAAAGUAGCUUAUUGUAGCUCU